AUGCUUUCAUACGAAAGGUCAUGGCUCUACCCUUCCUCGAAGAAGAAGACAUCAGGCCGCAGUUCCAGCGCACCUCUUCGCCAGUUCACCGACUAUGUAUCGAGCACCUGGAUCGAAAGCAACACCUGGCCGCCAUCCUCUUGGUCAGUCUUUAUGCAGUCGGUCAGGACCAACAAUGACGUGGAAGGUUGGCAUCACGGUCUGCACACCAGAGCCCAGGGCAAGAGUCAGCUACCCAUGUAUUUACUCAUCGACCUGCUCUACAAAGAAGCCAAACUAACUUCCCUGAACGUGCGUAUGGUCUCAGAAAAGAAACUUCGACGAGUUCAGCGGCGCAGAUAUCGUCAAAUCCAGGCUAAGGUAUUUUCACUGUGGGGACAAUAUGAAGAGGGCGACAAGACGCCGCGACAACUUCUCAAGGCUUGUUCAUUACUUGUUGGGCCGAGAGGCGCUUAA